ACUCGACAUAAAACGGAGCCAGCAACGCAGAAGAGGGAAGUCAAUACACUCCAUUCACCUCUCCUCAGCGGGCGAAAUGAUGCGGUCACUUGCGUCGACUUUCUUUGCCCUCAUCAUUGGCGCUAUUGCUCAGAAUACCUAUAGCUCUGAUCCUCCUGGCAUUGCAUUCAGGCUCACACCGUACUAUGGCAUUGCUGUAAUUCACUUUGAAAACAAGACAUCAAUUCCAGUGGCCAGAAUCCAUGGUUCUCCAGAUUACCAGGCCUUCAUGGCAAGGACGCCCGAUACACAGUCAUCUGGUGAAGUCAGUGCAUUGUGUCGACUACUUCCAGCACUCAAUCAUUUAACGUAUCCACUCAAUUCAACUAUCGAUAUGUGUACCAAUGCGGACGUCAUACACACCAAAGCUUUACUGGCAAGUCUGAAAGCGGCAACGGAAUCCUACCUCGGGACCAACAUCUGCUACGCUAUCCUCAGCCUAGACGACCCUUCCACGCACAAGGCACAUGUAGCGCAGCAAGCUCUUGGUGCGCUUGGCCUUUAUCAAGCCUCUCGCAUUGUAUCCACUUCGAAGCAGUUCGUCGUGGCCUACAGCCCCAAGACGCAGCCGGCAUUCGAGGAAGAACCCUGGCCCGUUCUCGCAGUCGACUACAGCGCACACUGGUUCAACAUCGGGCUGUACACUAUUGGUGAGAUGGGCAUUGUGAGCUCCGUGGAAGGAUUCGAUGUGAGCAGUCCGAGGAUAGACGAAGAAGACCAGCCAGGCGCCCUGAGAGACGCAUUGCGGCAUCUGUUUGAUCAUCCCCCCAUUGGGAUGGAGCUCCCACGGCAACUCCGCCACUUGAUCUUAUAUGGCGACGACGUAUACAACCCCGUACUUCGGGACAUCCUCACCGAAGUCAUGCGCGAUGGGGAAACCAUGACGCCACACGCCCGCGAUCUGCUCCGUGAUGCCAACGUGUCCAGCUCUGUUUUCGACGGUCCAGCAAACACGGCAAGGCUUGCGUAUGUCAUAACAAAUGGGGUCGAUUUCUAUCUGAAUGCCCCGUCAGCCCCUGGGUGUAAGUGGCGCUCGAAGCUGUAUCCACGGGGCAAGUCUGAGCUUUGACGAAAGUAUUGUCCUUUGGCUUUCAAAUCAUGUACCAUCAAUAUACAGACAACGUCCAAGCUUGCUAAACAAUGUAAAGUGAUGUAUAAGGGAGUUCAAUGGACAAUCGAACAGCAGGUCUGUAUAAUGAGAAUUCAACCCCAAUUCAAACUGGAACGAAGAAGUUGUUGUAGUGAUACGAGUAACUAGUGCGACGUCUGUGAUUUGUUUAGCCAUGCCAUGAUUGAAAUGCGAGCAACGCACUCGCAAGU